CUUACCUUUCAUGAGCUGAUGUCCUUGUCAUCAUGACGGACGAGAAAGGUGGUGCCGACCCUACUCCUGUGGUGCCGCCACCUGCUCCGCUGCUUCCAACUGCAGCUGAGUCGAACGAGCAGCAAAAUCUCAAAACUGAGGAGAAAUGUGGCGUCAUGCUGGCCCCCGCCGUGGAGGGGAAAUUACCCUUUCCGUGCUUGGAGAUUGUUGAGCAGCCGCGACAACGGGGAUUUCGAUUUCGUUAUCCCUGUGAGGGACCCUCACACGGCGGCCUGCCUGGAGAGAAAUCGGAGAAACACCGGAAGAGCUACCCCUCUGUCAGGCUGAAGAAUUACCUGGGCAGAGCCAAGGUUGUCGUCUCUCUGGUCACGUCCGACGAUCCUGCCAAGCCUCACGCACAUCGGCUGAUUGGCCGUUCAGUGCAGAAUGGCAUCUGCACGGCGGAGAUCGGCGCGGAGACGGAUUUCAAGGCAUCGUUCAAUCUGGGAAUCCUGCACGCCACCAAGAAGAAUGUAAGCAGCAACCUAUUGGUGCGUUUCGCCCUGGCUGCUCAACGUAUUGGUGGCGACGGGGUCCUGCCAGAGUCCACCGACACACUCUCAUGGGCCGCACAGCCGCAGGAGAAAGAACUGACGGAAGCUGAGAUCUUGGAGAGUCUCGGCGAAGAGCGCAAAGCCGCGUUAACCACGCUCAGCAAGGAUGUAGCGGCCGGGAUGAAUCUCAGUGUUGUUCGUCUCUGCUUUCAGGCUUACUUGGACGGUCCGGAGGGGAAGUUUGACCAACCGCUUACCCCGGUUGUAUCUCACCCGGUGUUUGACAGCAAGGCGCCGUCGUCAUCGUCGCUGAAGAUCUGCCGCAUGGACCGGUGUUCGGGCAGCGUGGCCGGCAAUGACGAAGUCUUCCUGCUGUGCGACCGAGUGCAGAAGGACGACGUAGAAGUGCUGUUCUACGACGGACCGGCGGACGGAUCCGACGCGAAGUGGACGUCGCACGGUCUUUUCUCGUCGUCCGACGUGCACCGUCAGUUUUCGAUUGUAUUCCGCACGCCGCCCUAUCAUAACCUCUAUGUACAAUCAGCCGUGUGCGUGUGGAUUGCACUGCGUCGCAAGUCGGACAACGAGCAGAGCGAGCCCAAGUCCUUCCUCUACCAGCCGCUCAACAUGGACCCGGAAAAGCUGGCCAGUAAGCGGCUGAAGAGCGUGCCCAACUUCUCCACCGAGGACUAUCCGAGCGACGGCGGUGGUAUGUUGCAGUCGCAGUCGCUAGGCAACACAGUGCACGGUGGCGGUGCCGUGCCGAGUCGCCACGGCAACGGCGGGGUUGUCGUGGCGCCGCAGCCGCUACCCAGUGCGGGCGGCGUGCCUGUGACACACCAGCAACCCCCGGUGAUGCCAAUGCCGCCGACACUCACGACUAUCCCCGUGAUUGUUAACAGCACGGGUAUGCCGGCAUUGUUGCCGGUCAGUCCCACUCCCGACAGUAGCCCAUCGGCUGCGGUAGCACAUUGUAAUCGAAGUGCGAGCAGCGCUAGUCCAGUAAUGAACUCUGUGCAGCAAAGUACCGCCGUCGGCUGCAGUCUGCCAACGACGAUAUACCGGACGGUGGCCAAUCACGGGCAGUAGUGGCGACCGGAUGUGUGUGUUAGUGUGUGUGUGUUCGUCCGCACGUGUACUUUGUGUAUAUAUAUACGGGUGGGUAGGUGU